UCUGUCUCGUUAGCAUGAUGCAGGGUCUACAAAGAUUUCUGCUCUUUCAUGUUUUGACAUAUUUGGGAAGAAAUGUACAUGGAAGUGUAAUCAUACAUGGUGAAAAGGCCCCAGAAGGCUCCAUGCCGUACAUGGCCUCGGUGCAGAACAUCCACAGUCAUGUUUGUGGAGGAUUCCUCAUCAGUGAAGACUUUGUUCUCACUGCUGCACACUGCAAGGACGGUUCACCUAGAAGUGUUGUUAUUGGUACCAAUAAUCUCAGAAAUAAUGGACAAAGAAUUCUGAUUGAGAAACAAUGCAAACACCCUCAAUAUGAUGGCGCUGCCAGUGGUAAUGACCUCAUGCUCCUGAAACUGUCUAACAAAGCUCGGCUGAGCAAUGGAGUGGACAUUAUCAAAAUUCCACAACAUGACAUGAAUUCAAAUGUGCGUCAAACGUGCCAAGUGGCUGGAUGGGGUUAUACACGUAGUGGUGCUGAUCCCAGCCCUGACCUGAUGGUAGCGGACGUAUCUAUCAUUGACCCACAAGUCUGUGCUCAAAUAUGGGGUCGCUGGAUUACACUUCCUGCAAAUACUAUCUGUGCAGGUGGAUAUGGCACGAACAAAGGGUUCUGUCAGGGGGAUUCUGGUGGUCCUCUGGUGUGCAACGGGAUUGCAGUCGGCAUCGUGUCUUUCAACAAGAGGAGUAACUGUCAAUACCCAGAUGUACCCAAUGUCUACACAGACAUAUCAAAAUUCCGUGACUGGAUCCAGAACGCGAUCAAGACAAAGGAUUGUCAAGAGUAACAGUCAUGCACAAAGUUUGGCUUCUGCACUGCCUGUACUAGAGAGAGUAGUCAAGUCUUAACCUUUCUAUCUAUGCUUGCUCUGCAGCUGAAAUGCAAAAUAAAAUAUCAUUCC